AUGAAGCUCUUCCACAAGUUCCGAAAGAUUCUCAUGAGGCUCAUCGACUUCACUCUUCCUUGCUCCUCCCGCCGACAUAAGAACUCCGGCGAGGGAGAGAGGUUUGAGCCGCCGAAGAUAUCCUGCAGUAGUUCUUACUAUUCCUCUCACGUACACUACAAUGAAGCUAUCGCAGAUUGCAUAGAGUUCUUUAAUAAGUCUUCCGCUAUGUCUUGUGAUGCGGAUCAUGGAGGUCGUCAUGUAGAGGAUCGUGACUGUUUUUACGUUUAA